AUUAAUUAUUUAUUCUUUUUGUUUUCUCUGCUUCUCUUUGGUAGUCUUUCUUUACUCUCUCUUCUUUCUGCACAGCAGUGUUUUCUUCGAUUUGUUGAUCUGCUCUAUGGUCCGAUCUUUCUCGUUAAUGGGCACAGAGGAUCCUAGAGAGUUAAGCUCGAGGGAGAGGAAGAGCUGAAAGAGUGGAUUUUGGUGGGAAUUUUCAGUUGGGGGGUGUGUGUGUGUGAGGGAGUGAAGAUGGAGGGGAGGAUUUCCUAGGAGGGUUUGUGUUGAAGUUUGUUUCUUUGAAUUGGGAUUUUGUAGGUUUGGUUCGAUUUGGUCGGAUUUGAUAUGGAUGGGUGUUUUCCUUGUUUGCGAUCAUCGAACAAGGACGGUAGUGGUAGUGGAGGAGCUGUGAAGGAAGUGAGCAAUAAGGAUUCAGCUAAAGAUGGCUCAGUGACUCAGCCUCACCAUCUCAACGGAGUUAGUUCAGACAAAUCAAAAUCUCGAAGCAGCUCGGAUCCUAAGAAAGAACCUGCACUUCCCAAAGAACCAACAGCACAUAUUGCUGCACAAACAUUUACAUUUCGAGAGCUUGCUGCAGCAACUAAGAACUUUAGGCCAGAAUGCCUAUUAGGUGAAGGUGGAUUUGGACGUGUUUACAAGGGUCGCUUGGAGAGUACAGGACAAGUUGUUGCAGUGAAACAACUUGACCGCAAUGGCCUUCAAGGAAAUAGAGAAUUUCUGGUUGAAGUUCUAAUGCUUAGCCUGUUACACCAUCCAAACCUCGUCAACUUGAUUGGUUAUUGUGCUGAUGGUGACCAACGCCUCCUUGUAUAUGAGUUUAUGCCUUUAGGUUCCUUGGAGGAUCACUUACAUGAUCUUCCACCAGACAAGGAGCCCCUGGACUGGAAUACAAGAAUGAAAAUUGCAGCUGGUGCAGCCAAGGGAUUGGAGUACUUGCAUGAUAAAGCUAAUCCUCCUGUAAUUUAUAGGGACUUAAAAUCUUCCAACAUCCUUCUUGAUGUAGACUAUCACCCAAAGCUAUCGGAUUUUGGUCUUGCAAAAUUGGGUCCUGUUGGUGACAAAACCCAUGUCUCCACUCGAGUGAUGGGUACAUAUGGUUAUUGUGCUCCAGAAUAUGCAAUGACUGGCCAACUUACCCUUAAAUCUGAUGUUUACAGUUUUGGAGUUGUUUUUCUUGAGCUUAUCACAGGCCGCAAGGCCAUUGAUAAUACCCGGGCUCAUGGAGAGCACAAUCUUGUUGCAUGGGCACGUCCACUUUUCAAGGAUCGCAGAAAGUUUCCAAAAAUGGCUGAUCCUUUGCUGCAAGGUCGGUACCCUAUGCGAGGAUUAUACCAAGCCCUUGCAGUUGCAGCCAUGUGUUUGCAGGAACAGGCUGCUACAAGGCCUCUAAUAGGUGAUGUUGUGACAGCCCUCACAUAUUUAGCCUCCCAAACCUAUGAUCCAAAUGCACUGAGCAGCCAUAGUAACCGAGUUGGACCAUCUACUCCAAGAAUGAAGGAUGAUCAGAGAAGUAUGGCAGAUGGGCUGGACAGCCCAGAUGAGCCUGGACGUGGGAGACGGCAUGGAUCCCCCUCCAUCCAUAAAAAUUCACCCGAUUACAGGAAGAGGGAUCAUCAUGUUAGGGAAUUGAGUACUGGUGCAGAGCUAGGCAGGAGUGAAACUGGAGGUAGGUCUGGGAGGAGAUGGGGUUGGGAUGAUUUAGAACGACAGGAAUCUCAAAGAGAUAGCCCUCAGAACAUUGCAAGGGCAAGGGAAACUCCAAGGAAUCAUGAUCUCGACAGAGAACGUGCUGUUGCUGAGGCAAAAGUAUGGGGUGAGAACUGGAGGGAGAAGAAACGAGCAAAUGCUGUGGGUAGCUUUGAUGGUACAAAUGAUUGAUUCUGCUGCAACAUCAAUCCAUGUCGUUUCGAACAUAAGGGUAUAAGUGUUGUAUCAUACUAAGGGUCAGCAUCAUGGAAAAGAAGAAACAUUGAAAAUACACCAUGCUUUACUGUCUCUGUUUCCAUUUCCACAGUGGGAAUAAAGAGUCCUAUCAUCUAUCCAUCCAACGUUGACUUGUUGCUAGUCCUGUAUCGUUAUUGUAGUUUUGAGUAUGAGCUGAAUGCUUCAACUAUGUGGUUGAAGGAAGAAGACAAAGUUAAAGAAGGAUGGGGAGCCGUUGUGGUUGAUUUUUGAGGCAUAUAAGCAGGUAAAUUCCACUUGGCUAAUGUUGUAUGAAACAUAUAGUGUUUAUUAUGUAUGUAGGGUUUUUCUUAGAUUCUUGUCACAGGGAAAAUCUGGGGAAGGUAUCUGAUUUUUGCCCCAUAAUUUGUUCUAUAUGUUGGGGGAAACUUAGUGGGAUUUAUGUGGCUGUCUCCAUUCGACAUUGCUGUUACAUAUCUUUGUGCUGGUAGUGGUACAGUAUGAAUUUACGAGUUAUGUGUCAUCUCUGAUAUUGUCGGCAUAUAGGAAGAGGUUUCAUUAUAUCAUUUGUCAUCUGCUAUCGCAUUUUUGUUGUUCCUUAUAAAUUAUUUCUCUUUGG